AUGUUUGCCGUGUGCGGCUUGUUACGAGCUGGAGUUUCUUUCUGUCGGUCGGCGGGUGCUCUGCUGGACGCAUCUCGAAGCUUUUCCACCGGUACAUGUCAGCACAGAAAGAUGGAUGCCAUGCCCAAGCCCAAAGUGGUAGACAGGUGGAAUGAGAAAAGAAGCAUGUAUGGAGUAUAUGACAAUAUAGGAAUUUUAGGAGAUUUCAAAGCUCACCCCAAAGACCUUAUCAUCGCCCCCGUUUGGCUGAAGGGUUUCCAGGGCAACGAGCUGCAGCGUCUCAUCAGGAAGAAGAGGAUGGUGGGAAACCGAAUGAUGACCCUGGAAAAACACAACAUGGAGAAGAGGAUCCGCUUCCUCUAUAGACGCUUCAACCGUUAUGGCAAACAUCGCUAA